CUGCUGGAAAACAUGUCUGUGACAAAUGUUGAUGCUGCAGGGAGGCGUUUAUCACGAGCAGCUCGCAGAUGACAGCGGAUCGGCCAAAGAGAACCGCAUGAUGUACAGCGAGUCGGUGCCGCGACGGGUCGGGAGCUUCUACAGGGUGCCGUCUCCCAGACCCGAUAACUCGUUCCACGAGAGUUCAGGAGUCACGAUAGACAGCAGCCACAACAUACACCAACCCACAUACGACCCGUGGACGGGGUCUGAGGCACGGGACAUGAGCCCUUCAGAGCCCACCAAAGAGAAGGAGAAACAAGGCUUCUUCAGAUCCAUCAAGAAGAAGAAGAAGAAGUCACAAACCACAGACGCUGAUGAAGAGCGACUUCCAGUCACGAGGAAAACACUGUUUCCUCUCUUUCACUCUCAGAGGAGCUUCACGCGCAGCUCCUCUGAGAGAGAGCGUCCCCUAGUGGCCACACCAAUGGUACACAUGAGUCUCACACCUACAGUCCUAUGGGGUUAGAUCUCUGCCACAAUUCUGCGCGCGAAAGAUCAUAUUUGGA